AUGCGUUCCUCAAUGGUUACUUGGAAGAAGAUGUAUAUAUGGCCUCACCUACAGGAUUUGAAGAUGCAAGCAAACCUCACCAUGUAUGCAAGGAAUAAUUCCGCAAAGCUUAGAGAUUUCAUUGAUGCACUCAACAAAAGGUUUACACUCAAGGACCUUGGGGCAUUACACUACUUUCUUGGCAUUCAAGUUCAUAGAGAUAACACCGAGGUGUAUUUAACACAAACAAAAUACAUUGAGGAACUGCUGCAACUAUUUGAUAUGAGGAAUUUGAAACCAGCUCCUACUCCUAUGACCGCAGGGAAGCCAGUAUCACAAGCAGAUGGUGAAGUUCUAGCAAAUCCAACAGCCUACAAGAGUCUCAUUGGAGCCUUACAACAUCUAUGUUAUACUCGGCCUAAUAUUGCAUUUUCCGUCAAUAAACUAAGCCAAUUCCUCCAGGAACCAACAACAGUCCAUUGGAGUGGGGCAAAGCGCAUUUUAAGGAACUUAAAGGGCACUCUCAAUCAUGUUAUAGCAACAAGUUGA